GAUUUUCACACGGUCAUGUGUGACACAAUAAUGGAGAUCUCUUCAGUCGCAGCGGACAGUCCGCCAACGUUAGGACUCGUUAGCGAAUCUGUCAUCACCCAAUCUAUGUUGAGCGAAGAGAAAGCUUUGCAGGCAGAAAGCGAGAAGAACAAAGCAGCUGAGAGAGAAAAGGCGUUGGCAGAAUUGGACAGAGAUAUUGAACAGAUGAGGUACCGACGUCUGCAGCAUCUGCUCGAGAGAUCAAACUUCUUUUCCGAAUUUCUCAUGAAGAAGAUGGAAGACGAGAUGAGAACGAGCGUGCGAGUGGAAGUGUGUGAUGAGACACAGACAGUGGGACGUAAACGUAGAACGCGGAGAAAUGGAACGAGGCGAGCUAAACGAAUGAAAUGUGAUGUGUAUGAGAAAGGAUCUGGUUUCUCUCAACCUAAGCUGGUGACUGGUGGUCGUCUGAGGCCAUACCAAUUAGAGGGCACGAACUGGAUGCGUGUUCUCUAUGAGAACGGCAUACACGGCAUCUUGGGUGAUGAGAUGGGACUUGGAAAGACGGUCCAAUGUAUUGCAUUGUUGGCUCACCUCAUUGAAAUGGGAGUCACCGGACCAUUUCUUGUUGCCGCUCCUCUCUCUACUCUACCCAACUGGAUGAGUGAAUUCAAGAGGUUUGCACCUACGAUCCCCACAUUGCUGUAUCAUGGAUCUAAACCCGAUCGUAAACUCCUCAGAGACAAGCUCCUCGUCCUACACAACACCACAACACAAAGAGACACAAAGUCAUAUCCAGUUGUCAUAACUUCAUACGAAAUCAUCAUGAACGACAGACAACACCUGGAAAAAUUAGCCUGGAAGUACCUCAUUGUCGACGAGGGUCAUCGCAUCAAGAACCUAAACUGCCGCCUAAUUCGGGAACUGAAACGAUACAGAACGGCGAACAGGCUGCUGUUGACUGGCACUCCAUUGCAGAACAGUCUGGCUGAGUUGUGGUCGUUACUCAACUUCUUGUUGCCUGACAUAUUCGAUGACCUCAACACGUUUCAGUCGUGGUUUGAUUUUGCGACGGUCGGGCAGAUUGCAGACUCGGCUGCAAGGAUCAUUGCACUGGAGAAGGAAAGGCAUGUGUUAGACAUGCUGCACAAAAUUCUCACUCCCUUUUUGCUUCGACGUUUGAAGUCAGACGUCGAGCUUGAGAUCCCACCGAAGAAGGAAAUCAUAGUUUAUGCCCCUCUUUCUCACAUUCAAGAGACACAAUACAAAGCGUGUCUAGACAACAGCCUCCUACAGUAUGUCAGACGCCACAACAAUCAAACUGUCAAGCACAGUCCAUCGUCAGACAAAGAAAACCAAGUCGACAGACCAACCUCACACAGACAGAGACGACUGUCAACAAAAGCUGCGACUUCAUACAACGAAGACGCUCUAUGGGAGAAGACACUGUCUGCGGCGGCAGUGAGUCCUAAGACGCACGUGGCUCACGCUGCGCCGUGUGCAGAAAUCAACGUCAAAGUGAACAACAUGCAGAUGCAGAUGCGGAAGGUGUGCAAUCAUCCGUACCUCAUUGAGUAUCCACUCACUCGACAUGGUCAGUACCGAGUCGAUGAGGAGCUCGUUACUUCGUGUGGCAAAAUGAAACUCCUAGACUGUCUCCUGUCGGCAUUAAAGAAAGAAGAGCACAAGAUUCUGCUGUUUUCUCAAAUGACAUCGAUGCUCGAUAUUGUGGAGGAUUACUUGGGAAUGAGACGCUACGACUAUUGCAGAUUGGAUGGAACGAUGACAUUCGCACAUCGACAAGAACAAAUCGAAACGUUUAAUUCGGAUCCAAAUGUGUUUGUCUUUCUGCUCAGCACACGUGCCGGUGGCCUGGGAUUGAAUCUUACUGCUGCAGAUACGGUUAUCAUAUACGACAGCGACUGGAAUCCUCAGGGUGACAUUCAGGCUCAAGAUCGUUGUCACAGGAUUCAUCAAACAAAGCCAGUCCUCGUGUAUCGUCUCGUCACUGCUAACACGAUCGACCAGCGAAUGGUGGAACGUGCAACCACCAAGAGAAAGUUGGAAAAAAUCGUCCUUCACAAAGAGAAAUUCAAAGGGUCAUAUAAGUCAUCAGAGAUGCUCACAACAGAAAGCCUCCUUGAGCUACUCCAAAGCAGCGAGCACGACGCCGAAGUCAACUGGUCAGCUGGCAGUCAAUUCUUAAAAGAUGAAGAGUUGAAGUUACUAUUGGACAGAACGAAUUGGGAAGGGAGACCGGCUGAUAGUCACAAGUUGUUUGACAUCGUGGAUGAGGUGACUCCGUCGGAUCGAUUGCGAAGUGUCGAGAGCAUUUCGGUUGAUUGACGAUGUCGUAGAGGUUUAGAAAGGAUGACAGCUGCUAUGGUUUUGCUUAAUUAGUGCAGAGUUUCUUAUAAGGUUGUGUAAGUUAGAGUAAAGCACAGAUGUUACGAACCUCGAGCUAGUUUUGAUUCUUGGACUAAAUAAACGAAGUCAAACAGAGAUACAACUUAUUUCUCAUGUUUGAUUCUG